CUGUAGCAAGUAGUUCCUCCCCCUCGGGGCGGGGUGUUCAGCCGGUGGUGUGUUGUCAGUGAGCCGUUGCUAUGGAAGCCGCGUAUGAAACCACAAAUCUUCAGCCUUGAGGAACUACAAAUCCCAGCAGAGCCGGAGGAGCUCAGUGCCACAAUGGAGAUCAUCGCUGGGCUCGGAUCCCUCCAGUUUGAGGCCGGAGUCUCAGUGCAACACCAGAGUUUAGUGAAGCUGAAGACCCGGAGACGGGAUCUGACGGAACACGCCUGUGCUCACUCCGUAUUCUUCUGCCAAGUGCUUCUCCAAACCCGGCAGGCUCUGCAGAUGUCUCGGGGAUUCCAUGUCGGCGUCAUUGGUGGCGGUUAUCUGGGGAAGCAACUGGUCCGUUGUCUUCUUGACCUGACAGACCUUCAUGCUGAUGACAUCAGUGUGUCCACCCGCCGGCCAGAGACCCUCCGAGAUCUUCAGGGUCGAGGUGUGAAAUGUUUCUAUGAUAACGUGAAGCUGGUCAGAGGGGCUCACAUCGUCUUCCUGUGCUGUCUGCCAUCACAACUGCCCGCCGUGUGUGCAGAAAUCCGGGGUCACCUGCCAGAAUGGUGUGUGGUGUACAGCCUGGUGUCUGCGGUGCCGUUGCCCAGGGUGACAGGGCUUCUUGGUCACAGCGGUGUCAUCAGGCCGGAGUAUCAGUGUGAUCCCAAGGAUGAUGGGCCACAGUGCCACCACCAUGGUAGCCUGACCAAGGCACUGAAGGAUGGGUCCCUUGUGAGGGCCACAAUUCCCGGGGAGCUCUGGGACGGAGAAUGUGAUAACUGUGUUCUCCACCCAGGAGGAGUUUGCAUUGUCAGCCAUUUCAUGGAGCCUGUACUCUAUGCCGUCCUCAAUCUGUGCACAUCACAUGAUCUGUCACAUGACCAGGCUGUGAGCAUCCUGAAUGGCCUCAUCCAGCAGCGGGUGACAUCGGGUGAAUCUCCCGUAGGAGCUGGAUUUACAAGCGCCAACUUUGUGAGCAAAGCGUUUCUAGCAUCGCUUUCUGCAGACAGUCGGUUUCCUAGGUUUGAUCUGAGCAGUGUCCAGAUGAAGGAGACUCCACUGAGUCAGCACCUUGCAGGCUCCGCCCACCUCCGAACACAGCUGUCCUCUCUAUACUGCACCAUCUUCCAUACGGACACUCAGCGGGUACACCUCUCCUGACCAGCGCGUCGGGAUCCUACGGGGUAAAUGGUCGCGCUAUAUCAAGAUGCAACUGAACUCAACUGACUGAGGACACAUAUGUACCAAACCUGAUUUUUUUUGUAUGUAGUAAACUUUUAAUAACAUUU